CUUGCUCAAGGAGAGCCCGCAGCACAAUCUUCGUACCAUUCUCUGGCUGUCAAGUCAAACUAUGGAUGCAUUAAGGAAGGAAGUCACUCCCAUCAUGGCCUCAACUAUUCAGAAUCGUUUGUCUCCAACACAUUUUCGAAACAAAGGACGCAUGUGAUAAACGAACGGAAUCGUAGAAACCGGCUUUCGCGAGCCAUUCAAGCCCUCCAAGGUGUAGUGCCACAAAUGGAUUCAGUCGACAGGCAGAAGAGAGGGCCAUCUAGAGCGAUUACGGUGGAAAAGGCAGUCGAUUACAUUAUUGCACUUCAGCAGGAGGUGGAUCGACUCCGCAAAGAAUCCUCAACUGCAGCUCAAGAUGUUAGAGUUCUCUUCGACCGAAAUUCAUCAUCAAACAAUACCACCAGCAGUUGA